UGUUUCUUUGAUGUCGCUCACAAAACGCUGAGCUUGUUAGACGCAAGUCGUUUGGGUGUGUUUUAUAUUAAUUUAUAUGAAUCAUUAUUUAGCUAUACAUAUUUCAACAUCUAUGGUUUUGGCACAAAAAAAUGACCAAAUCCAAAGACAGGAGAGAGAAAGUCAGCGUUGCUAGAGAAAUUGAUCGUGUUGAGGAGCGACGGUUACAAUGUCAGGGCAGUAUGGAGAAGGCCGAGUUCCGACGGCGGCGCGAGGAUCUCUCAGAUCCGGACAGACAAGCACUGGAGGAUGAAAUGACGAUAAUGAAUGAGAGGGUGCAGAAAUAUGAUAAAGAGCUGGAGAUGUUGAGAGGGGAGAACAGGAGGAACAUGAUGCUCUCUGUGGCUGUAUUUGCUGUCAGUGCGCUUUUCUACUACGCCUUUAUGCACUACUGAAGAAUCAACUCUGUAAACAAGUAUACCCCUUGAAAGAUUUUGUAUUUUAAAAACAAUAUGUGCAUAUAUGGAUAUUUGAUUUUCAUUUCAUCACUAUUUACAGAUAAAGGUAACCUCAUUCACCAAGUAACACUACAGAAAUUACAUUUCAUUCACCAAACGGCUCUGGGAAUUUGAGUCGAAAAUGGAGUGUUUUGGCCGCUAUGUAAAACAUGGCAAAAACAACUCUGUGCCUCUAAACAGAAUCUCAUACAUACUGUUAAGCAUUGUGGAGGGAGUUUUAUGGUUUGAGGCUGUUUCACUGCCUCUGGUCCUGACUAGCUUGCCAUAAGUCAACCCUGAAAUCCGGAUUUUACUAGAGUAGAACAGGAGGCUGUUAAAAAGUUCAAACUGAAAUAGUAGUGCAAUUUUACAACAGAAUGGCUUGACAAAUGAGCAGUUGACAGUAAUGGAAUUGCAGUCAAAGCUCAAGACCAAAUCUAAUAGAAUCUCUGCAGUAAACAUGCACAAUCUGAACAGUUGAAUAAUACUUCACUAAAUUUGUUUUCAUAAUUUGAAGCUUUCAUUAUUAGGUUUACAUUAUCUGAAGUACUGAACAAGGUAAAACAUACCUAUGUAUAACUUCUCAGGGGAUAUACUUACUUGAUCAAUGAGCAAUGUAGCUUGUCUUAGCAUAUUUGACUGUGAUUUUAUAUCUUAAUCAGGACCAAAGACUGCUUUGGCAGCUAAGGACUAAAAAACUACUUCACAAAGGCAUUAAAGAAUGCGCUAAAGAUAUCUAUGCUCAUGGGUACCUAUGCUCAGUCAAGCUUUUGAGCUAAAAUUGCCUAAUUUGUUGAGCAACCACAACUUGGAGGUAGGAAUUCAUCCACACAAUUCUCAACACUGAGUCUAAGCUUUGUCUUUCUGUCAUACUGACAUCUGCCCUUUUAUUUUGAGAAAGUGUUCUUGUAAAAGAACUAGUGUGUUUAAAACGGCACCGAGUUGUAUAAUUUAUUUAAAUAUCAGCAUUACUCUUUUAGGACUUAAGAAUUAUGCUCAUUUGGGAUUGCCUAAUUCCAAAUGAUUAAGUGGAAUUUAAGAUUGUGUGCUCUAUAACCAUGACACAUAAUAGACUGGCUGGAUACAGACAUUAACCCUGAUAUAACCCUUGGCAAUUUACUACCAAUCUCAGGGGUGCCUUAUUACUAUUAUUAACUGGUUACCAACGCAAUUAGAACAGUUUAUUUUAGUCUUACCCAUAGUAUGUCUAAUACCACGGCAGUAUUCAGGGUUAAAACCACCUGAUUUGUAACCAACAUUUUUUACAGUUGUAAUUGUGUUAAUGACCGGUUUAUAAUAGCAAUACGCAUCUUAGGGUUUGUGUUGUAUUCCCAGUAGAGCAUAGCACUGCGUCAUACCACCAAACACCCCUUACUGUAGUAUUUUGGUCAUAAAUCCCAACUUAUAGCUUAUGUAUGGGGUGUAUAAUGUUGUUAUCCAUGUCUUAAUUCGUUCAAGUAUUUGGUGCUAAAAUCAUUCUCACUUUUGUUCUCCAGGAAUUGCAUUUUCUUAUUGUCUGACAGCCUGUGGAUCCAAAUAUAUUAAAUCCAUACGCAGGUUAUAGGCUAUAAUUGUGAUAUGACAAUUCUUGUUAUAUGCUGCAGAUGGGUAAUGGACUGUAAAUUCAGCAAGUUUUAACUCAUUUAUGAUUUGUCUUUAAAAGAAAUGGCAAUGCGUAUGGCCUGCAAUUUGGAUUGUGUUCCGGCUUAAACCAUUUACAAUAAAAAGUUUGAUACUAAUGCACAUAUGAAGGCCUACCUGCAAGUUUUGCGUCAUUUUUGAUAGUUAACCUAAGGCAACAAUACAAUUACAUAUUUGCAGCAAAUUGAUAAAUAUGACAUGCUUGGCAUUUAUAACCAUUCUCCUUUUGUCUUAACUAAGAAGUGUAAAUAAAGAAUGUCUCUCAAUCUGUUUUCUUGCUGAACAUUGCUACUCAGUAUUCUGUUGCUAUCAUGUUGUUUUUUUGUGGGAUACCAUAGUUGCACCGCUUCUGAAGUGAUUGUGCAAAGAACAACUAGGCCUAAGGGAAUGGUUUCUGGGGAGAACACAGUCUACUUUUUAUUACAUUAUUUUCAACAGGGACCAAACAAAGUACACCCCAUCCUUAAUAUUUCACAAAUAAAACAACUGGGAUAAGGGGAGCAAGGCAAUAAGAUGAAA